CUUCAGCUGCAGGCGGGCUGCGGGCGGGACAAGGGGGCAGGCGAGGGAGCAGUGGCGAGCUGCGGUUGGCCACCUGCGGGCGGCACCUGUGCUGCCGAGAGCCCAGUCACCGUGAUGACGCCGGAGCCGUUGCCAUCGGGCCGAGCAGUCGGUGCGAGAGAGAGAGCUGGAGUGCGGGGCUGGCGGAGCCGGCAGCAGCCCUGCCUGCGGACGCGGACACAGCGCCAGGUGCGGGAUCAGCUGCGGGCCCUGCUGCGGCAGGCUCAGAAUUUCUCCUUUAGGAACCUGUCUCUUUGGAGAUGUUGGAGGAGACAAGGGAGGAGGAUACCUAGGAGUAAGACACACAAGAAAGAUGUGGAGUCGCUGCACAGCCUUCAGGAGAGUCUGACCAAGCCAACGGAGAAAGAUGUGGAGACUCCAGAGCAAACUGAGGAGACUCUAAGCAAGCCAACUGAAGAAGAUGUGGAGGCUCCACAGAGUCCAGAAGAGAAUGUGAGGAAACAACCUGGGGAAGAUGUGGAGGUUCCACAGAGCGUUCAAGAGAGCACAAUUGAGGAUGGAGGUGAAGAAGGAGCUGUUGACUGUGACACCCCAAAAAGAGUGCAGAUCCAGCAGACUGACAAGGAAGGAGCGAGAUGGCUCGGGGCUGAAGGGGACCAGUUACCUGCAGAACACACUGUCAGCCAGGACAAGACGUGCAACAGCAGGACCCUGAAAGCUGGAGCUUUGGAAAACCUUGUAGAGACCCUUCUGAUGGCUUUUGGGGAGAAUGAUUUUACGUACAUCAGCAUCUUUCUCUCCACAUACAGAGCUUUUGCUUCCACCAGCACAGUACUGGAACUGCUCCUGGACAGAUGUUACUGCAAGCUGAGGCAAUACUCAUGUGGCUCUUCAGGUAAUAUUCAAAGCACUCACUUUGGUUUUUGGCAAAUCAAGUCCAGGGCAGUAUUCUGUGCAUAGAGGCUGUUUUCACUGGGUUAUUGCUCUCUGCACAUACUCUCAGAGUGUAAUAAACCAUAUUACAGUGAUCACAGCAUGAUUGCUAUAUCUGUGAUAGCUUUAAUUCAGCUGGCAGCUGUAGGAGCACAGCAGAGAUUUGGUGGCGUGCCCUCCAGCACAGAACGGCAGCCGUGUGAGAGCUCGCUGUUGUCAGAGCUGGCUGCCGCGUCCUCAUGGCAAGUAUUAGCAGAGCCAGCAAGGUAAGUGCCAGUGUAAUGAUAUCCCUAUUUUGCUGUAUAGACAUACUUUGGCUGCUUCAGUCCCUUGCUAUUAAACUGUUCAACUGCAGCCAGCCUAGACAUGCCUGGUAUUAAGGAGUUUUACCUCAUCUUUUGCCACUUUUGGGAAGUAGGACACAGCAGUUCCUCUAUUUUUCCCAGAUGUAAACCAGUAAACACCAUGGCUGCUGAAACCUGACAGCUACAAUUUCUUUUAGUACCUAUUAUAUCCAUAAUGGAUGAAGACUGAUAGUGAAAGAUGUUUAAAACAAUCAGCAGAAAACAAAUAAAAUCAACUGAUGGAAACAGUGGGAAAGAUCUUUGGCAUGGCUGUGGGUUUGCUCUGCUUGCUACAAGUAGUGAGCAGAACUUCUGUCAUAUACCUCACUUAUUUCCAUCACAGAACAGUUCAUUUUAUUACCUCAGCUAUUACUCAGCUCUUACGGUUUCUCUCUCAACAUGCCAGAAGCCAGCAGAUUUGAGAGAGAUUCGUGUAUCUUAUUCAGACUUGUAAUGAGAUCACCAGUGGACAAGACAGACAGUCUUGUCUACACAAAGUCUACACAAAGUACUGAUUACUUUACUCGCAGUUUCCUGGUGAAGCUUAGUUUGAGCACGGAGUUCUGGGAACAUCAUUCAGGUUACACAAUUUAAGUGUGUUGGAAAUAUAAAACACUGGAUAAUACUGAAAAACUUAACUCUUAAGAACUCAUUCCAAUAGUGAUUUCUCAUAUUCCACAAUGUUUUUGUUUGUUUGUUUGUUUCAAACAAAGUAUGCACAGGUAAAACAUUUUAACAGAAUCCAUCUGGGGAUAAUUGAAAAAGCCACCAAAAUAAAAUACAGCACUGGACUGAAAGCAACAUAUUUUUGUAACUGAUAAUACUAAAUGAACCUUUACAACAUUGUCUCAUGAACGAAAAACUAAAGACAAAAAUCAAGAAGCAAAACUGAAAGCAGAAAAUGUUUUACCAUUGUGGACACUUAAGGAACAUUUGAGAGUUAUUCUCACAGUCAGAAUAAUUGACUGAUGCUGAAAUACUCACUUUUCAAAGUAAUAAGAAUCACUAGCCUAAAAAAAAAAAAAUUACGGUACAUUUUACUAUCAGCGUUAUUGGAUACGAGACUUGUGUUCUGUCACUAGCUUUGACAAAGAAGAGAAAUCAAUUAUAGAGCUGAAACAUGUUUGCUGUCACUUGUGUUUGAAAAGCCUUCAAGUUAGAAGUCUGUAUGGCACCAGACCAGGUAAUGUGUUAAAAUAUGCUUAAAAUAUGCUUAAAAUGUACAAGAAUAAAGACUAAAUUAUUUUCUUAUAAUACUCUUUAGCUUCAAGAAGUAGUCAAACUAACCCAUAUUUGAUGUUGAGUAAUAUUUCUACUCUUCAUCCAUUCACAAGUUACCUGAAGAUAAAACUCUGCAAGAUGCCAUAGAUUUAGGGAGUUUGCUAACCCUGUAGGAUUCUGGGUUAACAAAAUAAUUUCUCCACUCUCCUGUAACCUAUAUCAGAAGAGAGAACUGUAAAAAGAGAAGCUGAAAUAAUUAGAGUCAAGGCUGAAACACUAGGUGCAGUCUUUUGUUACACUCCUUUUUUGGAGAGAAAAUUUGUAGAGCAGCUGUUCAGAAGUGCUACUUGGCAUCAUAUAAGAGAAAACCAUAACCUUGUGGGCAGAUCUGUCUGACCUGAUCAUUUUCAGAUUUUUAGAGCAAACAAUGAAGUUGUCUCUUUUCAGGCAAGAAAUUCCUCAGGAUACAACUACUGUUUCAGCUCAUUCAGUCUGAAGCUUCAUCUGUGUUUUAUCAGAGCGCUCGCUGAUGAAUGCCUUUGUGCCCACGUUCUGCUGACUUUGUGGGUGAGACAGUACAUGAUCAUGUGUGACGUACAGGCUGCAACUCCAACAGGAGUUUGUCCUGUAAUAACAAUGAUAUACUGAGGAAAGGCAGAGGCAUCCUAAUUCACUCUUCAUAUUUGGUGGAUUGAGGUCUGAUCCUGCUUCCACUUCUCUUAGGAUUUUUUUUUUUUGAGGGGGGAAGGGAGAGCGGGUAGUGUGCUCAUUUACACUAAACUGUGCAACUAGAAACCCACUUUGCCAGACUGCUAUUCUAAUCUUUAUGCACUGCUGCCAAGUGACACACAGCAAAGUCUUUCAGAGAAUGAGAUUAAACACACCAUGAGUCUCCAUUUCUAAUGAAAGCUCCAUGGGAACACCACUGGGAUCCCUGCUACUUUGCCACAGUCAGUUGUGUGAGCCCAUGUGCCAUCCCUUUGUGCCUCGGGGAGACACCAGCAUCACUGAUACAAUGCAGAGUAUUCUGCUUUCAGGCUUUAGGGCAUUCAUUCCAAAGAAUAGCAAUGUUUUCCUCCUGUCCUCAAAGACACUUGUUUACCCACCUCCUUUGUUCGGAACUGAAAUGUUGUGCUUUAAUACCAGAGAGGAAAACUGUCAUAUUUUAUUCAUCAGCAGUAGGAAAGCCACACGAAAUCACUGCCUCUUUUAAUAAGCUUAUUUGCUUAAGCAUCCAGGGUGUUAAAUUAGCUUUCUCAUCUAUUAUGUGGUUUAAUACCCCACCCAUCUAUCGGCUGAGAACAAAACAGGCCUUAACACAAUAUUGCCUGGUCUGACAAGUGCUUUGAUGAAUCAGAUCUUAAAAGAUCAUAUUAUGAGAGCCAGUAUCAUAAUGGCCAAAAAUCUAUCAAACCACAUACUCACUGGACUAUGGACUGCACAUUGGUUGUAAGACUAAUUAUGUACACAAGAGAGGGAACAAAUAUGUCCAAGACUACUGGUGCUAGACAUUUUGGGAAAGAGAUCUUUUACCAGUUCUGUUGAUUGCUUAUUGUUUUCAAUGAGAAAGCUGCUAAGAGGCUGAAGGCUACUACAUUUAAUCAACAAAUUAUUCAGUGUAAGAGUUUGAAGGCAUAAUAAAGUCUAGACUUAAAUAUUUUCCCCUCUGCAGGAGAAUUCUAAUUUGCCACAGUAGAAAAAUCCAAAAGAAAACAUACUUUCAAUGCAUUAUAAAAGGAGCCUCUUAAUGUUAGACAGUACCCUUGGAGAAACACAGGUUUCUGUAUUAUCUAUUAAGAGUUAAACAUUUGUUCCUCAUGUGCAAGACAUCAAAUAAAAAACUGCAUUUGAACAGUACAAUCUCACUUUCCUUGCAGAAGGCUUAACCCACGAACCUGACUGAGACCUAUACAGUGGUUUUAUUUUUUAAGUACAAGCACCCAGAAAAAAAAGACAUUUAAUUUUCAAAGCACAUCCUGUGUAGGUCUGGUUUUAUUUGUAUUAUUUCCCAAUUGCACAUGGUCCCCCCUAAAAGGCUAUAAAGCCUUGAAAGAGUUUACCUGAGUUACCUGGCAUAGUUGGCCUGUCUGGUUUUGAUUGUUCCUUUGAGACACCUCAGCUCAUCUUUGUCAUUCCCAUCUGGCUUGGUUUUACUUCUCAUGCAGGGAUGUGAAGUAAAUAUGACACCAGCAUAGCUGAGAGCAGAAUGUAAGAGGCAGCUUGCUUUGUAUUUGUGCCAACUUAAUGGAAAUUUGUUUGUUUAAAUUGUCUUUAAACAUGUACUAAUAUUAGCAGCAGUUCAGUGGAACUCAAAUACGUAUUAAAAGUACAAAUGCUUUCCUCAUUCAGAACUUGCACUUGGCUGUGGGCAAGAGGCAUUCAUUGCUAUCUGACUUUUUAAAAGGGCUAAUUCUCCUCUUAGUCAUGCUGAUUUAAACCUGAAAUAACCCCACUGAGGUCACUGGGGAGAUGUCAGAGUCCUCCUUGUGUAUCUGAAUCAGCCUACAAAAUAAGCACAACCAAUCUAGGCUACUUCAAAAGCUCCAAGAAUCUACUCAGACUGCCAUCGCAUACGGGAAAAAAAUAUUCACGUAAAUGCUGUUUCAAUUUCAAAUUCAAGUUUAGAACAUCAGUUUUUGGGAAAAAAAUAAAGGAUAUAUAUCAGUGGCUAAUAUUAUUUUCAAACUUCUGGAGAGGAAUAUCAAACUAUUGCAAGAAGGGAAGGGUAAUGAAAAGUCUUAAAAUAGAAAACUCUUUUUACUUGAAAGCUGUCAGUAAAAUAGCCCCCUGGUUUCCUGCAGCUGUGAGAGCAUGGAGAGAUCAUGUUAAGGACUGUCAGUGAGACAGAGGUGAGUUGCUCUGUUUUCUCCACACUUGGGCUACAGCUCACAAUGUAGAUAAAUGUUUGGUUCUGGGAUACAGAUCUGAACCCCAGUUCUCCUAUAGCACAGACGUGGAAAGAACCUUUGAACAAGUGUCAGACUGAGAGUAUUCAUGCUCUGCCUGUCUGUCUGCUUGGUAAGGUCCCUGGUAUCUAUUCCUUAUCAUGCUAUAUACAAGUAAGUAGUUUGAUGGAUCCCUCAGGCCUUCAUCCCUAGGUAAGACCUGUGAUCCCUCAGUUAUGAUCCCUAAUUAAUGUUUAACGGGGCCUGCAGCUUUUUUCCUGUAUCUGAAAAUGAAGCUUUUGAGACUGCUGCAGCUAGCUCACUUUUCAUUUGGGAUUGUGGGAUUCAUCAGUUUCUUUCUGACAGCUCCAUUCAUAUGAAUAUGUUUGUUUUCAGACACGUACUUGAGCUAAUAGGCAUUUGGGCCAUUGCUUGGUUGCUUCUUUUUAUUAUGGGCAAUAUGAUGCUCAUGCAUACAAUUUGUGUUACUUAGCUAUUCUCUGCAGUGACUAUUAUCAAAUGGUCUUUUUUAUCAUCACACAGCGCAUAACUCAUUUUUCUCUCUCACAUUCCUGACUCAAUACUCUCCCAUCUUUUCUUGAUCUUGUCCUGCCCUUGAAACAUGCUAGUUAGCUCUAUGCAAAAACUAAAAGACAAAGAAGUUGCAGAUUUUCUGAAAAAAAAAAGAACACUAAACCAUGAGUUCUCAGGGUGACAAUGACAAUGAUCUAUGCUGGCAGGCAGUCUUCGUGAAUACUGAAUGCUGACACAGUCUGUAUUCAUGCUAGACAGGGGUGACCUCUAGGGCCAUAAUUUGGCCUGUUAUUUGUUCGUUUAACCUAAAAAAAUAUGCUGUCUUUAACAUACUAAAAAUAAAAGUAUUACAUUUCCCCUUAUAACAUGCAAUAAAGGGUAACCCACAGGUAGCAUUUUUAUUUUCUAUCAUUUUAGAGAGUUCUUCAAAGCUUACAAUUUUUUUCAACCAAUCAUCAGACCCACUGAAGUAGAUUUUGUUCCUAUCCCACUGCACAUAUUGAAUCUUCAGCUGUGGGAAGGCGUCAUUCUCCUGACCUACUAUUCUAUUUCAGUGUGGUAUCCUCACCCUUUGCUUUUUUUGCCCGUGUUUGCCACAUCUUAUAUGUAUCUGAACUGAUGGUGGAAAUAUACUACGAGCUGAUUGUUGAGGAGCCAAUGGUGCUAUUUUUAGAAUACUAAUGGAACUGAUUAAUAGACAACACAAUUCACUGAGGAAGGUGUCACUGGGCAUGACUGUGAAUCAGAAAUGAUUCCAGAGGCUCAUGUAAGAAAGCAGCAUGUGUCAUGGCCCUGAGGGUGCUAACGGGCCUUAAUGGUCCUGACCAGCCUCACCUGGUGUCCCCAUCCAAAGCCCUGCCUGUGGACACAGGGGUCUAUUUAAGCUUAGUUUGGGACCUUCAGACUUGCCAUGAACUAUGUUUGGGGUGCUGGUCUGUCAUUUAGCUAUAUCUCUGACUCAUCAUAGACCCCUCUGAUCUGUGGGCUGACUUUCUGGCUCGCCUUUCGGGGUGUCUUGUCUCUAUGGACCUGCCUGUCAAUCGCUGGGUCUGAUUUUGCCCAGUGGUUUUACUUGCUGACUUGUCCUGGGACCUCCUUCCCCAUCAUGAUCUUACUUGAGGACCCGGGCUGUUGGUUGAGUGCAGUUGCCACCACUGGCUCUGCCCUGCUCCCCUUGCUGGGUGCGGUGGUGAGGCCCCUGGAGCAGCUGCACCUUCAGGUCCCCCAGCACACAGCUGUGGUUUGGAAGCAGUAGGAAUGGGGAGUGCACCCCAGGAAGUCAUCAGUAUAAAAGGCAAUUGACUUCAGAAUUUCAAAAGCCUGAGGUAAGUAGGUCUUUUUCUGAUACCGCUUAUGUGUCUUUAAAUUAGCAGUAACUCUACUGAAGGUAGUGGAAGUAUCUGCCUAUGUAAGAAGUGCUACUAAAUUGCAUUUUCAGAGAAAAGAAGGAGAGCUUUAAAAAAGGAGUUUGGAGACAAAUGUAAGCAAUAGCCAUUGAAUUCAGGAAAGUAAGGACACUUGUGACCUAUGAGGCUGUAGUAACAUAUCACAAAUUCAUUAACAAAACUUGAAUGUCAAGAAACUAUAAACACCUUUCCAAAUCAUGAUUCUUGGGCCUGCCAAUUUUACUUCACGUUCUGGCAGGAUUUGUUUAGGGCUUUACUAGUGAGGAUUAGAUCUAGUGUGCUGUUUCUGCUAGGAAAUGAUGUUAGAAAUGGGCUUAGGAAUUCACAUCUGGGAGUGUGCCCUGCUUAGUAGUUUCUCAGCUGUUUUACCUGCCUAAGCAGUGCAGAAUACUCUGGCUCAUUACUUCAAUAUUUAAGUAAGCUUAUUGGGAUCUAUAAAUUCUUUCCUAAAAGUCCAUACAUGUGGCUGCACAUAUGUUUAUUUUCAGCUGCUGUUUAUUUCCCAGUUUCUGUCCUUUUUCAGUUACCUUGUCAAAACCAAAUUCUAACAAAGCUCUGGCUUUGAUCCCUGAAGCCUCAGCUGUGCAGUAUCUGAAAACUGUAAGCGGAAAAGCAAAGUAUUCAAGUCCCUUAAAAAUGACAAGGGAAGGAUUAGGAAUUAACUGGCUAAAGAGUCCACAGGUAUACAGUAGAACAGGGAUAUUUUUUUUUUCCCUUUCUCUCACCAGAAUAUACUAGGCAAAGGUCUGUAAGAACAGAAGAAGAUUAAGUGGCCUGAAAGGAAUUGGGCAGUGUUACUAUCACAGUUUCCUCAUCUGGGUCUUCUCAGAAUACUGUCUCUUGCCUGCUCAUCAUCAUGUUGAAUCAAACAUUAAAAUAAGGCUUUUUUUUCUUCCUCACCUGAAAGCAAGUUCUCCUAGGGCUGAAGCUACUCUUAAGUUACUGGAUUUGUUCAUCUGACAAACCCUGAAGUAGUGAGAAGGAAAUGAAUACUUGAAAUACCCUGUGUGGGCACAGAAACAGAGGAGCCCAGCAUAGUCACAACUGCUUUUCCUUUGCCAAGCUGAGAAAACACUACGCAACUCAUUCACUCUCUAUAUUCUAUCCCUUUCUUCCCUUUCUUACUUACUCCUACAACACCGGGGAGGUGCCUUCUGUAUGUUAAUGUAGAAUUAAGUCGUAAAAAUGAGCUGUACUCCUGACAUGAAUACUAAAUACAGUUAGAAAUGAAUUAUAUUUAAGUGUCUGGCUUUAUAUCUGCUUAGUACGUUAUUAUUCUUGCCUUGAAGCAGUUCUAUGUAGUAUGUUCAUGUAUGUGUGUAGAAGUCUUUUGCCAAUUCACAAUAUAUCAGUCAGUGUUACUUUUAAGCAGUAAGGAUUAAAAGUUUGGGAAGGUGGGUCUUACAGUACUAUUUAUCUUUACUUAAACCAGGACAUGGCUCCAGACUAUACAUAUCUUGCAUUCUCAGCCAGUGGAUUUGUUCACAGAAAUAGGAAGCUAAGAUACUUAGAUACCAAAAUUAUUUGGUCUUACUCAUAUUUCAAGCAGCAAUGACUUAAUAUUCUUAUUUUAAUGUUGUUU